AUGGCGAAUAUACCGCACAGUAUUGAAGAAAGUGGUUUGGAAUAUCUUGUGGUAUUUGAUGAUUACAUUGAGCCUUUGCUGAUGAGGUUGAAAGCUCAAUUGCAAUCCGGGAAUUUUCAGAUGUCAGAAGUGAAUCAAAUGACCAAAGACUUAAAUGACUAUCUUGAUAAAAGAAAAGAAAAUGAGAAUUUUAACGAACUAAAACUUAAAUUGAACCACAGGCUAUGUAUGUUUAUCAACUUAAAGAAUAUACCUGAAGAUGAUAUUCAAUAUAUAAUGAGUGUUAUCAGAUUUUAUACUAAUGUGUUGGUUGUGAUUGAUACAUCAUGUGUAAUGGAUCUUGAAGACUAUGAGAAGCCAUAUGUCAAUGUUUUAACUAAUUUGUUUAAUAUUCUCGAAAAGUUCUACGGCCUUUUAGGUAGAAGUAAAUUCUCAACUCAGAUGAUUAAAGAUAUUGCAAAGUUUAGGAGCAGAGCAUAUCAAAUAAAUCAUUUUCCAGCAUGUUAUUUCAUAGCUGAAUUUAUUGCCACCCUUCUUGAAAAAUUGCCUGACAAUGAUGAUAAUAUAGAACUGAUAACAGAGAAUUUAAUUGAAAUGAUUAAGUGUAUUGAUAUUCAGAAAUAUCCUAACCAAAUACUGGAAAAAGUUAAAGAUUCUUUAUCAUGUUGUCGAAAGGAGACACACAGAGCAGUGUUAUUAGAACUAAAAUCCAAAGCAUAUCAAUAUAAAGAGAUAUACAGUCUAGCUAUAGAGAGCGCUAAAGAAGCUCAAGAAGCUUACACAGAUAAUGAAGAUAAGAAACGAUUAUUACAACACAUUGAUUAUUUGCAAUCACUACAAAGGGAAAAAGAGAGAAGGCAAGAACUGUUGAGGUUAGAAGAAUCGAGAAUACCUUACAAUGAAGAAGCUGAAGAGGAGUAUUUUGAUUCUCUGGAUUUUUUUGUGGAGGACGAUGAAGUGGACGAUGUUGACGUUCGCGAUAUGUUCAAUAUGGCUGAAAGUAAAAUAAAUUGCGGUGACUUUGAUGAAAAUUAUGCUAAAAAAUUCCGUACAAUUUUAUCAAGUAGAAUUCUCUACUGCCCUUGCAGAAGAACAGCACAAAGUCGUUGGAUGUUGAGGAUCACAAAUUUCAUAGGAGAUGUUUCAGAUAAGUGUGAGUUCAGUGACAAUGUUUUCAUAUCUUGUUUAAGAUAUUUAUUCUAUGGUUUGAAUGCAAUGGGUUUAUUCUAUUCGGAACGAAACGAAGGGAAAACUAUUAAAGUGACCGCUCAAUCCCUUGAGUUAUUUCGAUCUUCAGUAUAUCACCUUCUAAUUGAGAAAAUAAAGAAUGAUACAAUACAAAGUUCUAAGACACUAGGAAAGAGUACGAUUAAGUUCUGCCAAGAAAUCCUUUCCAUAACGAAGUUACAAUCUCAUGACAAUGACGAUGUCGCAGCCUGUUUCGGUAUAAGUCGCGAACUAAAUACUGUACUACAAGCCAUUCAUGUAAUUGGAAUAUAUAAAAUUAACCCAUUUGUUUUGUCCAUAAUAUCUAUUCAAAUAUAUAACAAUAUGGGACAAGCUAUGUUCAAAUUGGGUGAUUUUGAUAGAGCAGUCGCUGGUUGUAAAGCAGUUUUAAAAGUAGCUACUGAAUUUGAUAUGGAACAUACAGAUCAGAAGAUUCAAGCACUAGAAACAAUAGCUAGGUCUUUUGAAAAAUUAAACAGAAGAGAAGCUGCUAUAGCUAGGAUUGAUGAAGCUAUUGAAAUAUGCCAGAAUACAGACAAGAAAUCAGAGCUUCAGAGCUUAAAGAUAAAAUUUCAACGAACUAUCCAAACUCGAGAGUCAGUCGGGGCUUCUUAUUUAGUUGAUGAUAACUUAAGGAAAGACAAAGAGCGUCAAAAUGAUAUUCGGUCCCGUCAUCGCAAGAAGAAAAGACGAAGAUAUAAGAAACAAGAAAUGGUGACACCAGAUGAAGAUGAAAAUGUACAAAACAAAUCUGAAAAUAAAGUACAAAAUGUAGAAUUGUCAACAAUUACACCGAUAAGUGAUACAGAAAGUGAUUUGUCGGAUGAUUUUAUCGAUAGUGACACUUACAGUUUAACCACAGCCCCAAGCACAGAUAAUCUAUCACUGUUCUCUUAUUCUCAGUCAGACGUGGAUCAGGAUGAACCAAUAUCAGAUGAGGAAGUUUCUGUUCCACAAGAAACCUGGUAUGAAACUAGUAUCAAGGUAAUGGAAGGACAUGAAAAGAAAACAGAACAUUGUCUUCAGUAUGAUGUAGAUUUAACGGAACGCUUCGAUUUUCAUUUGACAAAUUGGGAAAUAUUUUAUCCUGCAAUGAUGACAAGGGUUGAAAUGGAACAGAAUAUUCAAGCAAAUCCUGUGAAAUAUAAGAAAUGUGUCAUUAAUAUGGAUUCAUCACAAUCAGCUACAUGUACUACAACAGAAAAUCCAAUUGGUGAGCAGAUAGUGAUAAAUGGUAGAUCUAAAUGCGGACAAACAUUUUCUGGUGAUGAGGUCUGUGUAGAAAUUAUCGGUAAAGCCAACAAUAAAGACUGUGGUAAAGUUGUUGGGAUUUUCAAAAGAAAUAGGUCUGAUACAAAAAAUCCUGUCUUUUUAUGUACAAUAACUGGAGAAGAAGCCCAUUUGAUGGUACCUAUCUGCAAGACUGUCCCUAAAAUAAGCAUUGUCCAUAAUAAAGUUUUAAAAAGAUUUUCCAACAUUCCCAAUUCCAAGAUAGAAGUAUACAAGUUUGACAUGAACAAAUCAUUCAAAUUUUCUCAUUUCUUUACCAUAAAUCCUGCUAAAAGACAACAGUAUAUUUUUGUUGUUGUGUAUUUGAACUGGAGUCCCAAAUUUGCCUAUCCUAAAGGAAUGGUUAUAGACGUAAUUCAAAACUAUAAGGAUUAUCAAGCAAGUCUUAAGAUACUUGGAAAUCAAUUUGCUAUUGACCCUAUUUACCCAUCAGAAGUAAUCCAGGAAAUUGUGGGUAUGAAGAAAGAUGACUCUGUACCGAGCCAUGACUUUGAUGUAUUGACCAUUGACCCAAAGGGAUCAAAGGAUCUAGAUGACGCACUUCAUAUAACAAGGCUAUCUGAAAACAUUUUCGAGGUCGGCGUUCAUAUUGCAGACGUAGCCCAUUUUGUAGUAAAAAGCUCUGAGAUUGAUAAGGAGGCUGAAAAAAGAGCGACAAGCUUUUAUCCAGAAGAUUCCAGAUCCAUUCAUAUGCUCCCUGAACCAUUGAGCGAAGAUAGGUGUAGCCUUCAAGAGAGAGAGGUUCGUCGUGUGAUUUCUGUGAUUUUUAAACUGGAUGCCAACGGUGAACAGCUUAACGAACCAGUAAUUCAACGAUCUUUUGUUCGCUCCAUGCAACAGUUGACAUAUCAUGAAGCACAACUAAUUAUCAAUGGUUACCGAGAUGGAUUUUCCGAUACGAUUAAUGGUAUGAUAACUGAUUUGUACAGGCUGUCUAAAUCUAUCAGACGUUCUCGUUUAAAAAAAAGACUCUAUCAUGUUCAGUAUAGUGAUGGCUUUCUUCGCGGUGAAAAUGAAACAGAAGCUCACGAUUUAGUGGAAGAAUAUAUGAUAAUGACAAAUUGUCAUAUUGGCCAAAUAAUUACAGAACAAUUCCCAAAUGGAGUACUGCUUAGAGUUCAACAACCACCAGACGACAAAAAACUUGUCCAAUGGUUUGGUCAAAAUCAACCGGUUGGUAAUUUGAUUCUUAACUUACAAGGUUAUUCUUGUCAAAGCAGCAUUGGAAAUUCAUCACUAUCCUUGGACAAUAAUCAUUCCGACGGACAUCUGACAGUCCAGAAAUCAGUUUGGACAGAAGUCCUGAGAGCAAAGGAAACAAAAGAUUGGAAAAAGUUGCAAAGUAUUCUCUGUAUGGAUGAUAUACACCCAAGCCAUUUUAUUGCUCGGACACGUUGGAAUGGGAUAAUGGAAUCAGCGGAGUAUAAGUUAUGCUCUGGAGCACGGGCAACAGGUUCCCAUCAUUUUACAUUAAACUUCAAUCUUUACACACAUUUCACUUCACCGUUGAGACGGUUUGUUGAUUUAAUCAAUCAUCGCUUUAUCCACGCCUAUUUGGAUAAAAAGAAAGCACCAUAUACUACCCACGAGCUCCAAAUGAUAAGCCUUCAUCUUGGUCGACGAACAAAACAACAGAAAUUGUAUAGAAAGCACAGCAAAACUCUAAAAUUAGCAUAUGAGUUAACAAACCAACCGGCCCUGAUUAUAGGAUUUAUCAGUCAAGCCGAUAAUGACGGGGUGGAAAUUGAAAUACCUCAAUGGCCAUCUUUGAUAGCGAAUAAUGAUAUACCAUUUCAUUUACUGGACGUUUGCGAAAGACCAACUGUAAAAGAUACACUUACAGAAACCUCUUGGAGAAAGAGAAGCUUCCACACUCAAGGGGCAGUUGGCUAUGUCCGCCCUCAAAUGAAAAGGGGAGAAAAACUACAACUGAACCCUAUCAAACAUUGCCUAUACAUACCAUUAAAAAUGUGGGCGGACCUUCUCACCAAUCUUAUAUCAUCGACUGAAUCUGAGGACAAACAACGCAGUAAGCGGUGUAAAAAGGAAGUCGAAAGAAUAAUUGAUCAAAUUGGCAUGGAGGGAAUAAAUCCCAUAGGGACAUUAUAUGGAACUGUAGAUAAAGUUACCUGUGAAGGUGGUCGAAGUAAUAUUUCAUCAUUAACGGAUAUGUGUAGGUUCAGUUUCAAGUUUGCUCCUGGUCGGGUUCUGUGUACUCAGCUAUCGACUGUUUUCGAAAAGGGACUUCCAAAACCUAAGUUUACUAUGGUCAAACUAGCUGAUAAUUUGAUAUUUUGUUUGGAACAUAAAGAUGAUCCUGUGACCUGCCUUACUAAGGAGUCUUUUGAGUCGACAAAAGAAAGAAAGUGGAUGAAAAUAUCAGAAUAUGUGAAGGCAUGGUCAGCCCUGGUGGAAAUGGAAGCUGCAGUUCAAAGUGUUCAAGGCGGUGACACAUUUUUCAUUGAACACGUCCCAGUACGUUUUACAACACAAGAUUCUGGUAGCUUCACUUUAAACCAUUCAUUUUGUUCAGACAGGGACGUAUUAGGUGGUAUUCACAUUAGUAAAGAUGAAGAGGGAAAGCCUAUAACUGACUUUGUCUGUAUCCGUAAAGAAGUAGCUCAAGACUCUGACAAUCCCUUUAUCUGGGUAGGUCAUGGGCAAAUGGUAUAUUGUUCUAAAAGGGAAGAUUACAUGGAAUCAAAUGAAUUGGAGGUUUAUUUCGAACUUCAUGGCACAGAAACAUGUGCAAAAAUGAGAGAUGUAAUAAAUAUAGGAACACAGGAUGUUUUCACUCUCGAGAUAAUACCAAGAUCAGAAACAGACAGGCGACUCAAAGAGGUCCUCAAAAAGAACGUAAUCGAGAGUAACCCUUUAGUCAAAGCAAUAGUUUUAAACAGCCCAAUACCAAUGUUAGACCGUGAUCACCUUCAUUUGGGAAAGAAGAUCGAAAAAGAUUUACCCAAAGAGGAACUGCAGAUCCUCAAAUUACCUGGUAACAAUAUAAAACAAUGUGAGGCUAUCGAGAAAUCAUUAACAUCAGCAUUCACAUUGAUACAAGGUCCUCCAGGAACUGGGAAAACGUAUACUGGUAUUAAAUUAGUAUAUCUCUUCACUAAGAUUAAUAAGAUCAUUAAGCUAGAAGAACCAGCCAAAAAGGGAGACAAAACAAUGGAUGGUAGAAACCAAGUUUUGUAUUGUGGUCCUUCUAACAAAUCAGUUGAUGUUGUAGCACGUAAUCUUAUAAAAAAAUUGGGAAAUAGAUGCCCAAAAAUACUUCGAGUUUAUAGCAAGACCGUAGUUUAUGGCGAUUUUCCUGUGCCUGGCAAAGCUUCACCCGCAAGAGCUACAAGGAGAGAAGGACAAUGCCCUGAAGACUUACAUAAUGUUGCUCUUCACCAUAUCAUUAGACAAAAAGGUAAACCGUAUGCAGAUAAAAUUCGUGAAUUUGACGAGAAGUUUAAAAAGGAAUCACAGGGAAUAACCAAAAUGAUGAUAAAGACAUACCAUAAACUUGUCCGUCAAGCUGAAGAAGAAGAGUUGCCAUUAUAUGAAGCAAUUUUGUGUACAACUGGUGUUGGUGGUAACAGGAGAACGAUGAAAAGUCUUAAAGUAUUCCAAUGUAUAAUUGAUGAAUGUGGCAUGUGUACUGAACCAGAGACUUUAUUACCAAUUCUUGUUGCCAAACCCAACCAGCUUGUUUUAAUUGGUGACCAUAAACAACUUCGCCCAAUAUUGAUGUGCUCUAAAGCCGCUAAACUUGGUCUAGAAAAGUCAUUGUUUGAGAGAUAUGCUAAAAAGGCCAUUUUUCUUAAUAUCCAAUACAGAAUGCACCCUGAUAUAUGUGCAUUUCCAUCCAAGCAAUUUUAUGAAGGUAAACUAGAAACAGGACCAUCUACAUUAUGGGAGAUUAAACAGCCUUUAAGGAUAAUUGGUGGAAAAAAGAUUAUGUUUUUCCAUAUAGAAGGAGAAGAAGAAGCACUAACAGUACACACUGAUGAUGGUCACGAACGAUCAAAGUCCAAUAUUCAGGAAGUUGAUAAAGUUGUGGACUUAUUUCGACACAUGGUUAGGAAUGAAGAUAUCAAUCCAAGAAGUAUCAAUAUCAUGACACAAUACAAAUCACAGAUGUCUUUGAUUCAGAAGAAACUCAAAGAAUAUAACUUCGACGACACUGUAAAUACAGUUGUAGCCAGCCAAGGUGGUGAAUGGGAUUAUGUUAUUUUAAGUACCGUGCGUUCUCUACCUUUGUAUAAAAUUGAACCGUCUCCUACUCGAGGAUGGACAUCAGAACAUCUUGGAUUUUUAGCUGAUGAAAAUCAAACCAAUGUUGCUCUUACAAGAGCGAGGAAGGGAUUAUUGAUUAUAGGUAAUAAGAAUAUGUUGAAAUGUGAUACAACUUGGCGAGCCUUGUUACUACAUUAUGAGAAGCAAGGCUGUAUUCAAGACGCAAAUAACAUUCCUUCGUCUGCUCCGCCUCGUACGCCAAUUCCUAUUAUUGGUCGAUAUAAAUCGGUCAAAAAGUAA